CUGAGUCCCUCCGCCUGAGUGCCAGCUCCCGCCUCUCUGAGUCUUCGGUCACUCUUCCUUAUUGACAAAUACACAAAGGGCCGCGCCGGUCUAGAGACGCGUCUAUAGUCGGCAUGGGAGACAAGAAGAGCCCCACAAGGCCGAAGCGGCAACAGAAACCCUCCUCCGACGAGGGCUAUUGGGACUGCAGUGUGUGCACCUUCCGGAACAGCGCCGAGGCCUUCAAGUGCAUGAUGUGCGAUGUGAGAAAGGGCACCUCCACUCGGAAACCUCGACCUGUCUCUCAGCUGGUUGCACAACAAGUUACCCAGCAAUUUGUGCCCCCAACACAGUCAAAAAAAGACAAAAAAGACAAAGUAGAAAAAGAAAAAAGUGAAAAAGAAACUACUACCAAAAAGAACAGUCAUAAGAAAACCAGGCCCAGAUUGAAAAAUGUGGAUCGAAGUAGUGCUCAACAUUUGGAAGUUACUGUUGGUGAUCUGACAGUCAUUAUUACAGACUUUAAAGAAAAAACUAAGUCGCCACCUGCUUCUAGUGCAGCUUCUGCAGACCAGCACAGUCAGAGUGGUUCUAGUUCUGACAAUACAGAGAGAGGAAUGUCCAGGUCAUCUUCACCUAGAGGAGAAGCCUCAUCACUGAAUGGAGAAUCUCAUUAAAGUUUAUUUACUUCAGUUUAUUUAGUCUUUCCUUUCAAAAAAUUACAUAUAUACAACUUCUGCCAACAGUUACCACAUUUUCAUGACUUAUCACCGUGCAUGAUUACGUUUACUCAAAUAUGAUUUAUGCAGUUUUUUAUAAGCAGUUCUGCAGUGCAAUUAAAUUGCACUGCAAUCUACAAAACAUUUUUAGAUCAAUUUUUUAAUCUUCAUAUACAAUAGUGCCAUGAAAAUGUGGUUUGAAUGUUCUUGAUGCAGUGUUAACUGGUAAGUCCAUUUCCUCUCUUUCUUUAGUGAAUUUUAACAGAACUCUUGGAUUCUGUGCUAUUGGCAUGUACUGAAUGAAUUAAAAAAAAUAGUUCAAGCUGCAUAAAUAUGCAUUAUUUGAGAAUUGUGAAUCAUAAUUAUAUAUGUAUGCAAGUCAAAGAUCAACUUAAUCAACAAUUGCUGCAAAAAACUUUUCGUAAUGAUUACCUUUAAAACACCUGCUGGUACUUGGUGUGGUUGAAUAGGAAAAUGUUAUUAAAUAAAACAUUUGUAUGAAUUUUUGCCAAUGUCCAACACAUUUUACUGGAUUAUUGUAAUUGAAUAACGUUGCUAGCUUCUCCAAUAUUUUCCUCACACACUUAGAACAUUUAUUGUUAAUGUUUACAAGCAAAAAAGUAAAUCUGUUACAAACAUUGUUUAGCUUUAUAAUUCAAAUAUAGUAUUACCUUGUCCUUAUACACUGGUAUUCUCUGUUAUAGAACAUAAAUUUAUUCUGAAAUUAUUAAUCAUUUUCUGGUUUUCUUAAUUCUAUAUCUUAAAAUUACUGGUGAUAGCUUUAAAAUCCCAAACAUGAUGCCAUCAUAAUUGGUAUUGUCCACUUACUUUCUCCGAGAUUUGCUCAGUGUUAUAGUGAUAUACUGUUCAGCAGGAGGCUGGGAUCCAAAGAGGCUUUAAGUUUGUGUAUGAGUUUAGUGGUUUAUUUUGUUUGGUUUGGGGGUUUUUUUUUAGCCAUAGUUCUUUGCACUGCACCAGAGAGCAUUCCCAAAGAUCUCCCAAGAAAAUGGGUAGCACAGGGGACUGCAGUUGAAGGAGGUGAACUUUAAAAGCAAUGGUGCCUGUGUAUGUUUGUGUGUAUGGAUGUGAAAAGAACCUGUGCAGCCUUUAGGAUUCAGCCAGUGAUAUUAAAUGUUGCACCAGAAUAAAUAACGAAGCAAAUGUGGUAUGUAUUACAUUUGUUCCUGUAUCAGCCUUUUGCUUUUUUUAAAAAAAAGAACUUUUAUUAAAUAAUAUAGAGUAAAUCAUAGGAAAAAUGCAAUUCUUUGUUUUUGAUAUAGUGGUGGAUAUUUAUGCAUUUAGCAAUAUGGAGAUACAGAACAAAAAGAUUUAUAGUCCCAUUCAGUAUUAUGUAAACUUUUCAAUAAAAUAUUUUUAUGAGUAUAGGUUUUGCAAUUUUGUUUACAAUCAGUUAAGUGUUUUAAUGUACAAAUUAAUGAUUAACUCUUUCACCUGUACUGUAGAAUUAGAAAUAUAGUGGGAGGGAAGAUGAUUUAUAACUUCUAAGGGUGUUUUUAUAUAUGAUUGUCCACUUAAAUGAAGGACAUUCACUGAUAGAAUGUAAACCCAAUCUAAAAAUUAUUUUAAUUUAAUAAGACAACUAACAAAUCCGAACUUAUACAUUAUAAUUGACAGCACAAAAGUCUAUACAUUUCUACUCAAAAUGUCUCAUUGAUUUCCUAGUUUAUAGCACUACAGCAUCCUUAAUCCUUGCAUUUUUACUCAGCAGCCCAAACUUGAGUGGGGGAUGGGGAAGGUUCAUGACAUGUGCACAAUGAUGUCAUCAUAAUAGUAUCUUAAGCUGUUUAUCUGUGUCACUUAUCAGGUCACAAAGUACAUCAUGGUAACUUUUGUACGAUGACAUCAUCAACCAUAUUAUUUUGGUACCUUCAUAAUUUACUGCAAAUGCUUCUGAGCCUGAGGCUGUUUCCCUACGGAAUUAAGAGGCACUGUGCUAUUUGGAAUUUACUUCCAAAUAAACAUGCAUAGAGUUGCAUUGCACAAAGUAAACAGUAGUAAAAGCAUUCUAAUUCAUUUUUCCAAAUUUAUUGUAUUUUUCUGUUGCUUGGACUAGUUGCCAAUAUUAGCAUUUUUGUACCCACAAACAUCUUCAUGAAAAUGUCCUUCAGAUGCAGAGUUACUAAAAAUGAAGGUUCUCAUAGUGAUGGAUCUUAAAAUAAUGAACUAGAAGAGAAAGUCUAGUGAAUGUAUAUGUUUGUGUUUUCUGUGUUAGAUUAAUCUUAUGCACACUUACUUCGAUAGAUCCCACUGAAUUCAAUGAAACUUAACUCUGGGAAAAUAUACAUAGGAUCAGGCUGUUAAUAUUAUUUGUUUUGGUAAAAAGUCCAGUUGUGUAUUGUUGAAGGGAACGCUUCACAUAAUAGCUAGGAAUUAACUUUUUUUCCACUUAAAAUAAAUAUUUUAAGUGAACUAUGAAAAAUUAAAUAGGAUUUUGGUAAUAAUUCUAACCAAAAAUAUUAAAUAUGUAUAAUGACAGCCUUUCAGCUAGAAUUGAAUUUUGUAGCUCUGCUAAUGGUGAUGUUUGUUGGUCUCUUGCAAUAUUGUAUUUUUCUGUUUUUAACUCCAGUACUUCUACAGGCACAAUAGUACUGUCUAUUUUGUACCAUGUUAGAUGUGAAAUACAGUCUGAUGUGAAAUGUAAAA